AUGCACCACUCACUACCCAGCAUUCACUACAACAUACUCUACCACUCACAACCCACCAAUCAUAGUCCAAUACUCAUCAUGCACCACUCAAUGCCCAGCAUUCACUAUAACAUACUCUACCACUCACAACCCACCAAUCAUAGUCCAAUACUCAUCAUUCACCACUCAAUACCCAGCAUUCACUACAAGAUACUCUACCACUCACAACCCACCAAUCAUCGUCUAAUACUCAUCAUUCACCACUCAACACCCAGCAUUCACUACAACAUACUCUACCACUCACAACCCACCAAUCAUCGUCCAAUACUCAUCAUUCACCACUCACCACCCAGCAUUCACUACAAGAUACUCUACCACUCACAACCCACCAAUCAUCGUCUAAUACUCAUCAUUCACCACUCAACACCCAGCAUUCACUACAACAUACUCUACCACUCACAACCCACCAAUCAUCGUCCAAUACUCAUCAUUCACCACUCACUACCCAGCAUUCACUACAACAUACUCUACCACUCACAACCCACCAAUCAUAGUCCAAUACUCAUCAUGCACCACUCAAUACCCAGCAUUCACUAUAACAUACUCUACCACUCACAACCCACCAAUCAUAGUCCAAUACUCAUCAUUCACCACUCAAUACCCAGCAUUCACUAUAACAUACUCUACCACUCACAACCCACCAAUCAUCGUCCAAUACUCAUCAUUCACCACUCACCACCCAGCAUUCACUACAAGAUACUCUACCACUCACAACCCACCAAUCAUCGUCCAAUACUCAUCAUUCACCACUCACUACCCAGCAUUCACUACAACAUACUCUACCACUCACAACCCACCAAUCAUAGUCCAAUACUCAUCAUGCACCACUCAAUACCCAGCAUUCACUAUAACAUACUCUACCACUCACAACCCACCAAUCAUAGUCCAAUACUCAUCAUUCACCACUCAAUACCCAGCAUUCACUACAUCAUACUCUACCACUCACAACCCACCAAUCAUCGUCCAAUACUCACCAUUCACCACUCACCACCCAGCAUUCACUACAACAUACUCUACCACUCACAACCCACCAAUCAUCGUCCAAUACUCAUCAUUCACCACUCAAUACCCAGCAUUCACUACAACAUACUCUACCACUCACAACCCACCAAUCAUCGUCCAAUACUCAUCAUUCACUACAACAUACUCUACAACUCACAACCCACCAAUCAUCAUCCAAUACUCAUCAUUCACCACUCAAUACCCAGCAUUCAUUACAACAUACUCUACCACUCACAACCCACCAAUCAUCGUCUAAUACUCAUCAUUCACCACUCAAUACCCAGCAUUCACUACAACAUACUCUACCACUCACAACCCACCAAUCAUGUUUUAUUUCAACAGGGACAAUUCUACUCGUAA